AUGUCGAAGGUGCUCGGACUGGGGUCUGCAUUCACUCCAGACAAGUCUCACACGACGCACGACACAAGGCUGUUGGGAAAGGACCGCUUUUUAAGUACUGUGCAUACUCUGAAGUGUUCAUCUAUCACCACACUCUGCGAGGACGAAGUACCCAACACGGAUAAUCGUAGACUCAAACAGGAAGACCAACUCGAACCAACCCUCAACAGCACCACUCCCUGCAACAUGGAGUUCGCUUCAGGCCUCCACGCCCUCCUGACUAAUGAAUCGCCACAUUCCAGCACCCUCAACGCCGUACUGAUCAUCUUCUUCACAGCCCUUGCCAUCGUCAUGGUCUACAGCAUCCAGCGCGACAUCAACGCCCAAGUCGACCAAUUCCGUCUCGCCGCCUUACCAUUCUCGCUGCGUGUCGCCUUCGCCCGCACUCGCCUCAACAAUGCAAAGUAUCGACUCAAUCUCUUGUACUCGCGGAUGUGUCCUGAAGAGUGGGCGAAGUACCAGAAGAUUGUGCAGACGAGGCGGGAGAUCAUGGAGUACGUCGAAGCAGAGGCCGAGGAGCCUUUGAAAGCGCUGGAGCAGGCGGAGAAGUAUCAGGUUUGGUGGUGGACGGGGGUUGUCGAUGUGCCGGUUUUGAAGCUGUAUUUGAGCGAAGAUGUGCUUGAGCGGGAUAGUGAUGACGAUGGGUAUUGGUUCUCAGAUGAUGAUGAGGAGUGA